UGGAAUGUGCAUGCAAUCCCAUUCCCUGCCAUCACACAAGAUCGUCAACGGCAACGGUGGUCAAGGUCGUCAUUCGUCACUACGCUGACCGACAAUACCUCAUGCCUGCAGGCUGCAGCUGCCACUAGCAGCAGCUGCAGCUCCCCGCGGUCAAUGGCAGCCCCCUGCGCGUUCACACGCACGCCUGCCUGCCUGCCUGCCUGCCUGCCAUCGAUAUCUCGCCGCGUUCGCCAGCAAUUCCACCAGUCUCCACUCCCAUCAGCCUCUGCACUGCACUCUCCACAGCUGCUGCUUCUGGCUUCUGCUUCUUCCUCACUCGCAUCGCAGCUGCAUUGCCAUUGCCACUGCCACUGCUACGCCUGAUCCAUUUCCAGUUCCAUGGACGCGCCCACGACGUCCUCGCCCUUCCCGGGCACGAGCUUCGUCAUCCUCUCCGUCUCCAUCGUCGGCAUCCUCGCCACCUCGCUCCUACUCCUAGCCUACUACCUCUUCCUCACCCGCUGCGGCCUCCUCUUCUUCUGGCGCCCGGGCGGCACGCACGACUUCGACGACGACGACGUCGUCUUAGCCGGACACCACCGCCGCCACGUCGUCGUCACCGUGCACGACCCCGUGCCGCCUCGCCGGAGCGGGCUGGAGGAGGCGGCCAUCCGCCGGAUCCCCACGUUCCGGUACCGCCACGGCGCGCGCCACCACCUCGUACUCACGUCGUCGGAGGCCAACAACAACAACAAGGACAAGCAGGCCGCCGCCGCAGCCGCCGAGUGCGCCGUGUGCCUCGCCGACUUCCGCGACGGCGAGAGGCUCCGCGUGCUGCCGCCCUGCCUCCACGCCUUCCACAUCGACUGCAUCGACGCCUGGCUCCAGUCCGCCGCCACCUGCCCGCUCUGCAGGGCCGCCGUCUCCGACCCCGCCGCCCUGCACUACCACCACCACCACCUCCACGUCCCGCUCCCGCUCCAGGUCCCGCGCGCCGCCACCGACGACGACAUUGCCAUAGAUGUUAUCAGUGCUACCAUCUCCCCACCAGCCGCCGCCGACGAACCAGCGGCGGCUGCGCAUUCUCAUGAGACCGCCGCGCAUCGGAACAGUAGCUGCCGCAGCUGCAGCAUGGGAGGAGGAGGAGGAGGAGGAGGAGGAGGAGACGGCUGCUUCUUGCCCGUGCGCCGGUCGCUGUCCAUGGACUCCAGCACCGACAAGCGCUUCUACCUCGCGCUGCAGGGCGUCCUGCGGCAGAGUUCACUGGCUGUCGCAGAAGACGAGGAAGGCAAAGCGGAGAGCAGCAAUGCCGCCGCCGCUGCCGCCGACACUGACCCACCAUCGUCGAGGAGGCUGCGCCGGUCCUUCUUCUCGUUCAGCCAGAGCAGGGGAUCCCGAAGUGCCGUCCUGCCGCUCUGAAAUCUGAAUUGGCGGCAUCAUCAUCCCAAAAAAUCAACCGAUUCUUCAACUUUUCUUUUUUUCCCCCUUGAUUAACCUGUAGCUAGAUACUAUACUUGCUUAGUUGCUUGACAAUAUAAUGCGCUAUACUAUACAUAUUGCUUACUGUUUUCUUUCCCA